CUCCUCCUCCCGUCUAUUCGAGAGACUGUGAGACAGGACAAGAUCCAGAAAUGGUGGAGGAUAACAGGAAAGAAACAAACAUUUAAGCCGAGGAGGAAGACAAGGCCGAGGCAAAAGGUCAAGGUGCACCCGUGUGAAGCGUUGCUGUGACUGGGCGCUUGGAAGGAAGCGUAGGCAUGGAGAACGAGCAGAGGGCUGCAGCCGCCGUGGCCAGCAGCGCCGGGACGGGCAAUCUGAGCACCAGCACGGCAAGCGGCUCCAGCGCCGCCAGCGGGCGGCCGGUACUGCCACAGAUAUCUGUCUACAGCGGGAUCGCUGACCGGCAGACUGUCCAGGUGAUCCAGCAGGCCCUGCACCGGCAGCCCAGCACAGCUGCGCAGUACCUUCAGCAGAUGUAUGCAGCCCAGCAGCAGCACCUCAUGCUGCAGACCGCCGCCCUCCAGCAGCAGCACCUGAGCAGUGCGCAGUUGCAGAGCCUGGCAGCCGUGCAGCAGGCCAGCAUCGUGGCGGGGAGACAAAGCGCUGCUCAGAAUGGUUCUGCCCCCCAGCAGGGAGGAUCCUCACAGGCCACAAUGAACCUGGCCACCUCGCCGGCAGCUGCUCAACUGAUGAGCAGAGCCCAGGGUGUCAACCCCGCCCCCACAGGGAUAUCCCAGCAGGCCGUGCUCCUGGGCAAUGCUCCCAGCCCCGCCCCCACGGGGAUAUCCCAGCAGGCCGUGCUCCUAGGCAAUGCUCCCAGCCCCGCGCUCACCGCCAGCCAGGCCCAGAUGUACCUGCGUGCCCAGAUGCUCAUCUUCACCCCCACCGCCACCGUCACGGCCAUGCACCCCGAGGCUUCCUCGCUACCUUCUAGUCAACAGUCUUCUUCUGAUCAGGUUCAGAACCUUGCCAUUCGCAGCCAGCAGGGGGCAUCCUCAGCCUCUCCCUCUCAGGCUCAGCUCCAGGCAUUGGGCCUUAAACAGGCUUCCGGGGCCACACAGAACUCCCUCUCUGUGCAGCCCGCAGCCCAGCUGAAGAAUCCCAGCUUGGGGGCUCAGGGUCUGGGAGGAAAAGGCACCACACAGGAGUCCAUCACAGAAGCCGUAAGAAAAGCAGAGGGCGCCGGUGAGCUGGCACUACGGGGGCUGGCUGUCAGUCGCAACGUGACUACUGUCAGCAGCCGUGCCCUCCUCACACCAGCCUUUGCUCAGAUCCAGCCGCACCAGCUGCUGCAGCAGCACAAGCAGCCGCAGUUUGUGAUCCAGUCGCAGCCUCCCCAGCGGAGUCCAGCUCACGCGCACCUCCAAGCCCAGGCAGUGCAGACGCUGGCCCUGCAGUCUGCUGUGGCGGCCCCCCCCCCAGGCCCGGUCCCUGUGCUCCCCAAGCCGCCACCCGCCGGCCCUCAGGCCGCUGUCUUUCACUCCGCUAUCGGCACCCAGGCUCUCGCCCAAAACAGCCAGACCCCUGCAGCGAGUCCUGCCAGCCAGCCGACAGCCCAGCCCGUGCAGCUGACAGCAGUCAACCUCCAGACUCCGCCGGUGCCGAGCCCACUGGACGCAUUUCCUUCGCUGGUUCAGGCUGUUCAGCCAAAGCAGGACGACAGCAGCAAAGAGCAGCUGGCUGCUCCGGAGCCUCGUGCCCAGAUACCCUCAACUCCUCCCCAGCCCCUGGAAACCACAACGGAGCAGAACAGGCCGGAGGCCAAUGGGCCCGUGCUCCAAGCAGAAGGUACCGCUGCCGGUGACAGGGUGAAUGCGCAUCCAGGUGUGGGCUCGCCUCUAGCCAUGACCUCGGGAAAUGGAAGCAAUGCGCCCUCUGUGACUGGAAGCACGCCCCAGAAUGCGGAGAACAAGCCCCCCCAGGCCAUAGUGAAACCCCAGAUCCUCACCCACCUCAUCGAAGGCUUCGUCAUCCAGGAGGGAGCCGAGCCCUUUCCCAUCGAGAGGCCGUCACUGCUGAUCGAGAACCUGAAGAAGCAGAAGCAGCAGUCGCAGCCUGACCUCGACAACCAGCAGGAGGCGCUGUUGAGCGAGGCGCCUGGCGCCCCUGACUGCAACAUGGAGACUCUGCCACAGCAAGAGCUGAAGGAGCAGGAGGACGAGCCCACGCUAAAGUGCGAACUCUGCGGACUGGUGGACUUCGCUUAUAAGUUCAAGAGGUCGAAGAGGUUUUGCUCCACGUUGUGUGCAAAAAGGUAUAACGUCGGCUGCACCAAACGAAUGGGUCUUUUCCAUCCUGACAAAAGAAAGGCAGAAAAGCACAAAAAGCGUAGAUCGCGGAGCUGCAGCACGCAGAGUCUGAGCAGCGAGGCCAAGAAGCAGGCUCCAGCCCCACCUCAGCCCUCCCUGGUCGGGACUGUGACCUCCCCUGUGCCCCCUCACCCCGGACAGGGAGAGUCUAGCCCCUGCUCCGACAUAUCCAGCUAUGGGGAGGCCCCGUCGCCCCUGUCUGCUGCCAGCUUGGGCCCCCCCCGACCCGCGGGGGAGCGGGCGCAGGACCAGGGGGCGAACCCCAGCAGAGAGCUGCCCCUCCUCAUGCAGCACUUUCUGCCCAGUGACCCCACCAAAUGGAAUGUGGAGGAAGUGUACACCUUCAUACAGUCCCUCCCAGGCUGCCAGGACAUCGCAGAGGAGUUCCGCUCGCAGGAGAUCGACGGCCAGGCUCUACUCCUGCUAAAGGAGGACCACCUGAUGAGCACCAUGAACAUCAAGCUCGGCCCCGCGCUCAAGAUCUACGCCCGCAUCAGCAUGCUGAAGGACUUCUAGCUCUCCUGGUGGGGCGGGUGUGGGAACCUUCUUUCCACCUUGCUGGUGUGGCACAGAGAGGCACCUCCACUUGCACCAACUUGGCUCCCAGAAGAUUGCCAGGAAGAGCCUGGGAUACCCAUUAGCCGUGGGUCUUCAGAAGCCAAAAGGAUGGAUGCCCAUCAGUUAGGGGUGUGGUAAAUCGGGAUCUACUCCACAAGCGCAGAACCUGCAGGUGCCAGUUCCCCCGGAAACUACGAAGGAGAGGGGCUGACUGAGAAACGGCCACGUGAUGUGCAGCCCAGUGUUUUAAGUUCCGUUAAUAGAACUAAAAGGACAAAUGACUAUUCAUAUAUAUAUAUAUAUUAUAUAUAAGCCAUUUUGUUCAAUAUGACAAAUGGAGAUGGCCUGUUGGUUGCAUCUAUAGAUAGGGUUUCUUAUAAUUGUAAUAUAUGCUUGUGUUUUUCAAAUGAAACUUUUGUUUAUAUGGUUAUUUUUGGUCAAUUAUAUAAAAGUGUUUUUUCUAAA